UUUGGGGGUUUCCUCAAGGUACUCCCCCAGUACAUGCAUCAUAGGCUGACUGGCAUCUCCAAAUUGUCUGCAGCGUGUGAGUGUGUAUAUGAUUGUGCCCUACCAUGGGUUGGAACCCCGGUGUCCCCCACCUUGUGCCCCUAGUUCCUUGGGAUAGGCUCCAGGCACCCCCGUGACCCUGUGUAGGAUAAGCAGCAUGGGAAAUAGAUGGAUGCAUUUACAUCAUCAAUCAACUAGCAAAGACUGGCUGUGAUACCUAUUGUUGUUGUUGUUGUUGUUGUUGUUGUUGUUGUUUAAAUUAUCCUAUUCACCUGUGAUGUUUUGCUUAAAGAGCGACACAACUUCAGAAAAACUUUCUGAGAGUCUUCUGUUGGUAAUCUAGAGGAAAAUGCUAAAACGUGAAAAAGAAUCCGGGGUGAAAAAAAAAAUGAAAAAGAAAUGUGCAAAAUGUCAGUGUAGGAAGUCUGCUCAUCAAAACGGAAGCGAUGUGGAGGAUUCAGCAGCAUCUGUUCCUGCUUCAUUCAUUCCCUCCUCCUAGUGCUGAUCCUCAAUGGGCGGCGUGAGGAGGCUGCGCGCGCGCCCGACCAUCACCACCACCACCACGUCGACACUUUUAACUUCGCCCAUGCGUGGCUUUACAUGCACACCAUUUCCACUCUUGUUUCUGAUGAGAAUGAGUCUAAUCCUCUCCGAUGAUGGUAGGAUAAAGGGCGCGCCAUGUUUCUUUAUUAGCGCUCUUUAUUUCAAGGUUUUAUCCGUGCAUUCAGAAUCGCACGCGCCAACUCUGUGGACAUAUUGAUAACAACACGACACGACACCCUGGAGGAGCUUUCGGGUAUAUCGACGAGAUUUAUUCAAGGAUUGCCUAGAGCACUGGCUUGGAUCAGUUUUCCUGCUUCUGCUGGCCUCCUUGUUGUUCCUCAUCCUCUUCAUUCUUCUCCUCUUCCCAACCCCAGAAUCCUCCACCAGUCACAAUGACCACCACCUACUCUAUACGAUCCAUGCAAGAGAAGUUCCACCAUCUCCCGUAGUAAUGCCCGCUCUGGCCCAGUGCCAGUCUCCACCCACUGCCCUACCCACCGCUCCUCCUCUUGCCAUCCCACCCCUUGCCAUUGCCAUUGUUGCCAUCUGCCGGCUCCUGCACCAUGAAGGAUGAGGUCAUCAGCACCAACGCACUGGCCUGGCUGGUCUGCUCCGGGGUGUCUAUCCUGGCUAAUGCCUGGGGCAUCCUAAGCGUGAGCGCCAAGCAGAAGAAGUGGAAGCCUCUGGAGUUCCUGAUCUGCACACUGGCUGGCACGCACAUCCUCAACAUGGGCAUCCCUAUCACCAUGUACUGCGUCAUCCAGCUGCGCCGCCAGCACUCCAAUUACGAGUGGAAUGAAGGCCUCUGCAAGGUCUUUGUCUCCACCUUCUACACUCUUACUCUGGUCACCUGCUUCUCCGUCACAUCGCUUUCCUACCACCGCAUGUGGAUGGUGCGGUGGCCGGUCAAUUACAGGCUGAGCAACACGAAGAAGCAGGCUGUGCAUACAGUGAUGGGUAUCUGGAUGGUUUCUUUCAUCCUGUCCACACUGCCUGCUGUGGGCUGGCACGACACCAGCGAGCGCUUCUACGCCCACGAUUGUCGCUUUAUAGUGACUGAAAUUGGCCUAGGCUUCGGCGUCUGCUUCCUGCUCCUGAUCAGCGGCAGUGUAACAAUGGGAGUCAUUUGCAUCGGCAUUGCUCUCUUCCAGACGUUCUCCAUGCAAACAGGCCAGAGUGCCGACAAGAACAAGUUCAACGUGCCCACUAUUGUGGUAGAAGAUGCGCAGGGAAAGCGCCGCUCAUCCAUCGAUGGCUCCGAACCAAUCAAGACCUCGCUGCAAAUCACGUACCUGAUCAGCGGUAUUGUGUUCAUCUAUGACUUCCUUACUGGCUUUCCCAUUCUGGUGGUGAGCUUUGCCAGUCUGAAGUAUGACCGUUCCUACAGCUGGAUGGUACUGUGUGUGCUGUGGUGCUCCAUAGCCCAGUCCAUCCUCCUCCCCAUGUUCCUGUGGGCCUGUGACCGCUACCGUGCCGAUGUCAAGGUGGUCUGGGAGAAAUGUGUGGCCAUUAUGUCCAACGACGAAGUGGACGAAGAAAACAGCCAGGAUGGAGGCAUUCAUCCGGACUUAAUAUAUGACAGACCUUAUGACUAUAGCUCCGCUGCUGAUAUCAUGACGGUAGACCGUAUUGCCAAGUACGAAUUCUCGACCUUAGAAAGGGGUGUCCCCCAGUGUUAUCCAUUGAGGGAGCCUCAGGAAGAUAAAAUGCACUAUUUGCAGGUGCCCCCUACAAGAAGAUACUCCCACGACGAAACCGACAUGUGGACCACAGGGCAGAUUCCUUCCUACCUGCACCGCUGGGGCUCCACCGAGGACAUGAUGGGUGUGCCGCGUUACACCUCGAACCGCCACGAGAGGCGGCGCAGCAGUCUGGUAUCGUGUCACGAGGAGAGCAGCCGCCAUCAACGCGCACGUAGGAGCUCCGAUGGGACACGCUCUCUCCCGCGACCCCAGCGCUCCGAGGACAAUUUGGGGUGCUUCAGCCGUGAUGAGGUGAUCAACUUCAUCGACGAAACACCUCUGGCCAGCCCGAUCAGGAGCCCCCGCCGUGCUUCAGCGCUCUCAUUAGUAGCCGGCACUCAAGAGCGCCAGAUUAUCCUGCUACCACAUUUCCCGCUCACACAUUUCGAGCGGGAGCCUCAGGCACUGCGACGCGCCUCUGAACACAAGGGCUCACGCACUGAACUGCAUCAGGGCUCACCGCGAAAGGACAGUAACAGCAGGGGGAGAGCAGAAGAAGUUGGUUUGAGCGAAUGUGGAUCUGAUAAAGGGUGUCGUGAGCAGCGGCGGGAUGGAAAACGUGCGUCUGAACUGAUUUUAACAGGCCAGAGCGUGUGGACAACAGCACACUCGUCACUCAGGGGGAAAUCGGGACAAGGGGAAGCACAUGUGACUAAGAGCGAAAUCCAAGGGAGCAUGAACAAUUUUAGAAACUCACAAUCGCCCUCGUCAAGAUAUACUGUAUUUCACUCCAGUUCCAUCGGAUCGUCAACCUAAGAUCCUGGAGCUUUUAUUAUUAUAAUACGUCGUACACACAUCUCUUACUAUUGAUAUGAGUAUUCUUGUUAUACAUAUUCAAGUGGAAUGUUUUUGUAAUAUGGGCGCUUUGUGAUCGAGUCUUGAGAAGUGGUCUAAGGCAGAAAUACGUACAUUAUUUUAUAGCUAUUUUUAAAUGUUGCAAAUAUACAAAACAUGAUAAUCUCGUAUUGCAUUCUUUGGAGUUAAUAUUUCAACUUAAAAGAGAAUAAUGAGAGUAGAAAGGGCCUUUUUUCAGCUGGUGUUUACAAUAGCCACAACUAGCCAUUCAAACUUUUUACUGGAUUCCUAUUCCACUCUUUUCACUGUUUCUGUUGUUUAUCGUUGUGUGGUAUGUUAUUAUAUGAUUAUUUUAUAAAAGUAUUCUAUAAAUGUACAGUAGAUAUUAUAUGAUUUUCACCAAAAAAAAAAACAAAAAAACAAAACAAUGCUUGUUUUAUGUACUCAUUUUCAUUUUCAGCAUUUUUCUUUGCGCAAAAGUUUUCAAAUGAUUUGUUUAGAGAAGAAGAUCAAGGUUCAGAUUAAAUACAUGUCAACAACCACCAAAUCAAAGUUUAGGCUUUAUUCUAAUGAAUUGCAUAUAAAGUUUCAACACGC